UAUACACCGAACACCAAUAGAGAGUUCUCACCCAUCCAAACCGACGACGAUACGAACCCGCGCCCCAUACAAGGUCGAUACUCGUGUGCGCUGGUGGUGACCGUUUCCGAUUCCAUUGUAACGGCGACACUUCGCGGUCGCGGCCAUGUGUAUUCGUGUGUGACUAGCGGAUUAGCGAGCAGAAAAAGGUAACCGCGGGGGGGGGGGGGUUGGUGGUGACCAUAUUUGUAACCCUUCAUACGCGGUCGCACCUGCACUCUGGCCCCAGUGCGUGGCGAUAAUCGAUUCCGUGCAGUUCACUGCUGGUGGUCCGUGUGUCGAAAAAGUGUUUGCGAUAAGAACCGCGGUCCAACGUCCAAAAACGAAAUUCAAAAUGUCGGCCGAGGAGCUUAAACUGUUGGAUGAGAUGUGUGAUAAUUAUGAUUAUCAGGGUUCGUACGAUAUGAUCCAGAGUCUAUCGGAUCAGACGAGCUGUGAGGUAAAGUGGCGCCUAGCGAGAACCCUGUUCUUCCUGUCCAAGCAAACGGAUAACAGUGCCGAGAAGGAAGCGCUGGUCCGUCAGGCAUUCGAUCAUGUGUCGGCCGCCCUGGCGUUGGAUGGCGAUAGUUUCGGUGCGAACAAGUAUUAUGGCGCAAUUCUAGCGGAAAAGAGCAAUUUGGAUGGCGUGACGGAGCGCAUCAAGCAGCUGGAAAACGUGCAGGCAUACUUUCAACGUGCGGCCCGAUUGGAACCAUCAUCCGAUCCAGGAAUUUGGCACAUGUUGGGCCAGUUCAACUACAAAAUCUCGGAGGUGGGCUGGGUGACACGUAAGCUGAUCAACUCGGUGGCCGCGAACCCGCCCGUCUCUUCCUACGCCGAGGCCCUAGAUUGUUUCACCAAAGCCGAAGGAAUCCGGCCGGGUUUCUACGCGUUGAACUGGCUGUACCUGGGCAAGUGCUACCUGGCGCUGAAGCAACCGGCCGAAGCCAAACCCUGGAUCGAACGAGCGGCCGGGGCCGAGGUGCGGUGUGAGGAUGAUCGUUUGUGUCUCCAGGAGGCAAACGAGUUGCUGAAAAAGUUGUAGAAACAAUGUGACCUUCCACGACGCGAUCACGAUCGGGCGUAAGAAACAAGUUCCAGCUGCUUAAACGGCAUCGAUCGAUACCGUUAUGUGAAUGUAAGAUAUCUUAUGGUUUAUGGUGGGUAAGGAGCCGACGGGGUUUGAGGUAGUUCUGUAAUGAGCACAACGCAGUUAGAAGCGCUCGACGCGUAAUGUUUGCCAUUUAAGAGAGUCACCAAGCGAUCGUAAAUCGAUUGUUGUGAAAGCGAGGAUAACGAAUCUACCACUUCUUCUGUUGUUGGUUCACGGGGGCGUCCAAUUUCUUAUCAGUUGUCCGGGGGUCCGGGAGCGAAUCAUAUCGCUCAUCGCCCUUUUUCGAAGGGAAACAGAAUUGGUGACGGUAGUGAUAAGCAAUUGAGUGGAGAAGAUACUGGUAGGGUUAUUGUUUGCCCGGUUCUCUGUUAUCGGUAUAGUGUGUAAGAUAAUAAUAAAAGAAAAUUACAAUCCA